AGUCGUGAUAAUUUGUUUGAAAUAGUGUACUGUGGUUGUUCGAGGUUCUAUCGUAGAAGAAUUAAUAAUGGUGUCCAAGUACGAAACCGUGAUUCUAGUCGCUCUGGCCGUAGUUUGCGUUGUUCAGCUGGCCUAUUGCGAGGACCAAGUCGCGGAUCAGGAUGUUGCAGAGAGCAGAACAUUCGGACAUCACUUUUUGAAGCGAAUCAGCUUCGCCAUCAUCCCGACGGCUUUCGUUGUUGGCGUCAUCACUACUCUGCUUUCCGCACUGACCGUCGUCUCGAUGAAGGGUCUUGGAGUUGGGAUCAUUCUUCUAGUGCUUGCCGUGUCGCAAAUCAUAGCAAGAAGCAUCCCAGCUGCCAUCCCUCCUCCGAUCGCGUACAGUGCACCCGCUCCGAUUCCGCUUGUUUACCAUAAAGACUGGUAACACUCAACUCAGGCGCGAGAGACCACCAGUAGUGUUAGGCUAAUUUAUUACCUAUUUAUUGUAAUUCAUUUCACGAUCCUCACCUACGCAACCGAUCACGACUGAGCGGAGCUAUCAAGACCGCAAUCAUUGUUCUCCACAGGGUGAGUAAUAAAUGACUUUCUCUCCCUCGAAUGGGAGUUCACG